AUCUUGUGAAAGUAAUUUUGAUUAUUCGAAACGUCAUCUUGAUUUUUUGAGGUUAGUUUUCAAGUUUCCCAAAAAGAAUUAAUUUAUUAGUUAAAAACGAUGAGUGUAUUCGAUCGAAUGCGUUAUAUGAACCCAUACGAUUUCCAUAAAGCGCUUAUAAACGAGUACGUUUUAAAGAAACCUGGUGACACAAAAUUCUUGCAAAGGGAUACAUCGAAUGAUAAAUCAGAUUCGGACGUUUUAAAAAGUAAUCAUAAAUUUUUAUGGGAUGAUGAUAAUGUACCAGAAACUUGGGAGGAACGCUUUGCAAAAAAAUACUAUGAUAAACUCUUCAAAGAAUAUUGCAUCACAGAUUUAACUCUAUACAAAGAAAAUAAGAUUGCAUUAAGAUGGCGUGUUGAAAAAGAAGUUGUUUCUGGUAAAGGUCAAUUUAUUUGUGGAAAUAAAAAGUGUGAUGAAAAAGAAGGUCUACGAUCUUGGGAAGUUAAUUUUAGUUACGUGGAAAAGGGUGAAAAGAAAAAUGCUUUGGUAAAAAUACGGUUAUGUGAAAGUUGUUCAAAAAAGUUAAAUUAUCAUACAAAGAGAAAGGAAGUUAAACGCUUAAAAUCAAAGAAGUUUAAAAAUACUUCUAUGAAAGAAAAGAAAAAGAAAACAUCCCAGAGUUGUAGUAGCACUGAAAUUGUUGAGGAUAAUAAUGAAAUCAAUGAAGUUGAUAAAGGAGAGACAUCUUUAUGGGCAAAUUUAAAACCAGUAGAGAUUAAAAGUCGUGAAGAGGAAAUCGAUGAGUAUUUAGAAGAGUUAUUAUUAUAAGAUUUAUUAAUAAAUAAAUAAGUCAUAAUUGAU